AUGACUAUAAAUGCCAGGGUACGAUCUACCCAGGCAGCUCAGAAAGAGGCAAUGGAAGCCAAAUGCAUAGCAACGAGAAAGAGAGCAGCUAGUUUAAUGGAAGAAGAAGAACAUGAUCUUAAUGAUGUUGACCCAGUUACACCACCAAACCCUUCUAGAAAAAGACAAGCCAUCAACAAUGAUUCUGAUGAGGAAGAUUUUCAAGGGGUCCUAACUCAAAAGCCACACAUAGGUGAGGAUGAAAGCAGCGAUGAUUAUGAUGAGGAUGAGGGUGCUAGACCAGAUGACUUAUUCUGGAUAAUCAAGAUGUCUUCUACUUCUACCUCUAUUUCUACACGUGCAGUUCUUUCUUUACAGCCAAAGAUGGGGAAAAGGCAUAGGAUCACCCUUGAUAUAUUUCCCAGUCAUCUUUUGGAUCUUGCUACCGCUGGGCAUGCUGUCAUGAGACUGCAUGUUGUGACACAAGAAGGAUUCCCUCCACCUACCUGCCGCUCCAAAUUUUCUUGGAAAAGGCUCAUCAAUGCUUCAAAAGGCAGAGAAGAUUUACAAGCCAAGCUUCUAGAGGUUAACAGCAAUGAAGAAAUCAAAAACAUGUUGAUUGACUAUGUUUGGUCUGCUGUUGCCCAGGUCCAAGGAGAAAUUGUAGCCAAAGCUCAUCUCAUCACCAUAUUCCUGCUUUUAGAGGCUGGUGCAUUUGCUGAUGGUGAUCUUGACAUCAAGAUCUUCAAGGACUUAAUUCAUAAUCAGUGGUAUGGGCGUAAGGGUGAGGGUGUGCACUACCCUGAACAUUUUAAAGGCAUCCCUUUAGCCCUACUUGCAAUUAUCACCACAGCUAUUGAAUGUUCACUCAGAGCAUAUGUGAAUGGCAACAAGGCCACGCUUGAGUUCUCAGAGAAUGUUUUCAAAAUCAGAAAUCUGGCAAAUCUUCACUAUCUAUGGAUUGAUGACAAUCAUAUGAAAGAUAAAGAUUUUGGUAUUGAUUUUGAAGCCCUGGAAGGCACUGUCACUGUUGUUGAGCAUGCUGCUUGA